AUAAGCCCCUCCCCCCUUCCCGAUGCCCUGGUGGAAGCGCUCCGCCCACCGCCCCUCCUCCUCCGCCUCCACGCCCGCGUCCCCCGCCCGCGCCUCCACCUCCCGCAUCCCCCGCCACGGCGGCGCCGGCGACCCCGACCACCAGCCCCGCCUCACCAGGCAGCACCGCCUGCGCCAUGUCGACGACAUCGAGGUCGGGGGCUCCGCGCUCCGCCUCGACGACUCGCACGCCGCCCCGCCCUCCUCCUCCUACCCCGCCAGGAGGGACGCGGUCUGGUCCGGGCUCGCCACCGCCAGCUCCACGCCGAUCUCGAGGUCCCCGAGCAACAUGAUGGAGGCGGCGCCGGCCAGGUCGUCGUCCACGCCCAUGCUGCUGCCCCGCCCUCUGCCGCUGCCCCACCAGGACGACUCGCCGUGCCGAGGGCCUGGGAGGCCGCUCCCCUCCCCGAGGAUGUUCGACGGGGACUGCAACGGAUCGGCCGAGUUCCUGGGGGCUGCAGGGACUGGAGGCGAGAGGCCGUCCACGUUUCCAAGAUUUAUGCCCCACCAAACUGUUCAAAAGAUUCACGAGCACAAUGACUUACGGUCAGCUGGCACACAUGGGGCCACCUGUGGCCAACGGAGAAAGACAUAUAAAGAGAAGUUCCAGGAUGGCCCAACUGAAACUUUGAACUUUAGGUUGAAUAUUCCUGCUAAAAGUGCCCCGAGCAGCGGGUUUUCAAGUCCUGUACAGAGCCCUCGAAGGUUGAGUAAUGUAGACUUCUCAUCUGCUGCAAUAUCCAUCCAAGGUAGCAAUAUAUUGUCAGCACCAUCACCAUGGUCUUCAGAUCAAUCAGGAUCUUCACCCCCUUCCACCUCACCUGAAAAAUUUGUGGGUGGCCAGGAGCGAUCUCCUCGCUCUAGUCCUUUGAGAAGUCCUGCUCGUAGAUCAAGAUACCCAAGUGCACCUCCAUCACCAAUGCAUACAAACUUGUUCCCAGAGAACCACACUUCUCGUCCUGAGGGCAAUCCGAGUGCCAAUCUUCACCCAUUACCUCUUCCUCCUGUUUCAAUGAGCCCAAAGCAAACAAAUUUUGGCCACCCGUCAGUUCCAAAAGUUGAGACGCCCUCAAUGGCUGGUCAGUGGCAAAAAAGGAAGCUCAUCGGCAGUGGCACAUAUGGCUGUGUAUAUGAAGCUACCAAUAGGCACACCGGAGCUCUUUGUGCCAUGAAAGAGGUUAACAUAAUUCCUGAUGACGCAAAAUCAGUUGAGUCUCUGAAGCAAUUGGAACAGGAAAUUAAAUUCCUUAGCCAAUUUAAGCAUGAAAACAUAGUGCAGUACUACGGCAGUGAAACUACUGAAGAUAGAUUCUACAUAUACCUGGAAUAUGUUCAUCCGGGUUCAAUUAAUAAGUACAUUAGUCAACAUUGUGGUGCAAUGACAGAAUCAGUUGUCCGCAAUUUCACUCGCCAUAUCCUUAACGGUCUUGCUUUCCUACAUAGCCAAAAAAUUAUGCAUAGGGACAUUAAAGGAGCAAAUUUGCUUGUUGAUGUCAACGGCGUGGUUAAAUUGGCAGACUUUGGAAUGGCUAAGCAUUUGAGCACUGCAGCUCCAAAUCUUUCACUGAAAGGAACACCAUACUGGAUGGCCCCUGAGGUUGUCCAGGCUACACUUGUCAAAGAUGUAGGCUAUGAUCUUGCCGUUGAUAUCUGGAGCCUCGGUUGUACAAUUAUUGAGAUGUUCACUGGCAAGCCUCCUUGGAGUGGUCUUGAAGGGCCAGCUGCAAUGUUUAAGGUGUUGAAUAAAGACCCACCAAUUCCAGAUAAUUUAUCAUCAGAUGGGAAGGAUUUUCUGAAAGGCUGCUUCAAGAGAAUCCCGUCUGAGAGACCUACAGCAAGCAAGCUGCUUGAACACCCAUUCAUCCAAAAUUCAAACCACUUCAGCCAGCACGUUUCUGUACAUUCUCCUGCAGGAAACAAAUCCCCAGAUGCUGGACACUGUUCAAGAGAAAAGAAGUCCUGGAAGACCGAGCCUUGUGUGAGAGGGAAACAGACAAAUACAAAUGGUGAAACAAGCAGCUCUAGAUGUUCUGGGUCAUUGGGUCAUCGUUUGAUGGCUCCAACCUCCUUGGAUACCCAUAGCUUGUCCCCUCCACCGACGAGUUAUAAGUCUAGUUCUGGUUCUUCAGCUCAUAAUACACCGAACGGCAUGCAUUUUUCAAUCGCGUACCCGCAGCCCAGUCCACUACCGAGGCCUAAUGGAAAGGAAUCAUUAAACAUGUUUUCAUAUUGAAGAAGGAUGGGCAAACAGUCGUGUAAAGUAUCGAUGUAAAGAACGUCCCUGCGGUAAUGAUUGCAACGGGAUAUGUGUAUGCUUAUUUUCGGGGGAAAUGUGGUGAUCCCUUUGUAGCAAAUUGUUUAGGGUUAGCUGUAGGUAUAGCUAAUGUUCCUGAUUGUUGCCAGCACAUAGGACAUUAGGGUUGUAGUUGUAGCCUGUGUGGUGUUCAUGUUGUUAUCAUGCCUCGAUGUAAUCAUUUUUGAUGAUUUUUUGGGGGGUCUUGAGUAAUAAUACGCGUGAAUUGGCAACAGGAGAUCAAGAUAGACAAUGUUUGUGUGUGCGCUCUCUGGGUUCAGAAUUGGAAUGUAUGGUGUAUUUUUCAGUGGUGGUAA